AUGGCUUCUACUUCUGGAACUAAGAAGCCUAAAGGGCCUAAGCUCCCUGAGAAGACAUAUCUUCCAGACUCUGACUCUGAUGAAGAUGCAUUUGACUUUAGCUUCUUGGAUUUUUCUGAAGAAACUUUCAAAGCCCCCUCAAGACUAUGUGAUGAUCAGUUUCUUAACUUAUUGUGUGAUGAAAACGUAUUAAGGAGGAGUAUUGAUGGAAUGGUAGAUGAUGGAGACAUUCCUGGUGUCCAACAAAAAGAGCAUGCCCACUUAGAUGAGGACAAUGAAGAUGUUGGUGUGGAGCCUAACAUACAACUGAAUCUUAAUGAAUUUGGGAAAGAUAUGAGGUUGUGGAUAGUGGUGCCAAGUGGUGGUGAUGUGUUUGAGACUAGGUAUGGCUACAAUGGAUACAAGGUUGAUUUAGCCAAUCACACUUGCCCCUGCAACUUGUGGAGGUUGUCGGGUAUACCAUGUGUGGAUAGUCAAGCUGCAAUCAACUAUGUCCAUAAAGAUCCAAGUGAAUUCAUUUCAUCUUGGUUCCACAAGGACAAAUAUGUUGCAACCUACAUUCAGAACAUACAACCUGUUGGUGGAAGCAACUUGUGGCCAGUGACUGAGUUUAUUAAACCAUUACCACCCCUAGUUAGAAGGAUGCCUGGAAGACCCAAAGUAAACAGAGUGAAGCAUGCAUCUGAAUUGGAAGAUGCCAAAUACCCCUCUCAAAGGUUAAAGGUUACUAGGACUGUGAGGUGUGGAAAGUGCCAACAACUUGGGCAUAAUAAGAUUUCAUGCACAAAUGAUGAGGUACCUAAGCCACCUGUCCCAAAAAGGAAGAUUGGAAGACCUAGGAAAGAUGGGGGAGGCUAA